AGUACGUCCCUUAGUGCCGGAAAUAACGCUAAACAAGCAACCCUGUUAACGUUAAAAAAAUACAAAAUCACUUGUAUUCAUUUCAUACUGCAGAAGAUGUUUAAGUACGUUAGUAAAAAAGGGUACAUUUUUAUCAAUGCGAGCAAAGCAGGGAGGGAGUGAGACCGCCCUUACGAACCGCGGGGAAGUAAAAAACGAGCGACCCCCUUCUUCCACUCCCCAACGAUGAUGAAUACAAUAAUCUAACCAGCUAUUUAUAUACAUUCAUCCUUAAAGUUGGAGACAUUCAGCACAUACAGUGGUGUACAGGUGAAUAUAUUUCUUUGCAUUUGAAUAAGAAGCGGAAGUAAAGUGCAAGAUGGAGAACUGCAGCUUUCACAGCCAGCUACUGUCCGUCAUGGAGGUCCUGGCCAAGGCAGCUGUGACGGAGAUAAACCGGCGUGUGGAUGACAGCUGCGCGGUGCUCCGGCUGGAGGUCAGCCGGAGCCGGCGGGACAUCGACCUGCUGAAGAGGAAGUGUGAGGUGAUGGAGGCAGAGCUGAGGAGGACCAGGAUGAGAGCCUGGAGGAAAGUGUUUUAUCCUCCGGCAGCCGAGAGAUUCUCUCCUAUAGUCAAAGUAGUGUUGAACACAGAGAGACCGAGCACAGACUGGGACAGACAGGUGGAUGCUGAGGCUCAAAUUCAACCCCAGCAGUGCGCAGACAUGGAGCCUGCUUAUGAAGCUGAACACAUGCUGAUCAAAGAGGAGUGUGCAGAGGAGGACGUGUGGCAGAAUGACUCAGAGGACAAACUGAUCUCUGAAGUCGAGCAGGCGUCGUGUUUCGAAGCCCCACAUCCUGCCCAGACUGACAGCUUUGUAGAGCAUCGUUACUCAGCUGAGAGCACAGCCGACCCUGGAUCUUUGGUUUCCCCGAAAGAGGGCUACAACACUUUCCCAGAGCAGCAGCUAAACAGAAACCAAAAUGAGGCAGAACUAGUAGUGAAACACGAGAGAGAGGAAGAGCCCGAUGAGAACGCAGCUCCUCUUGAUUCAGCCCACAAGCUUGUGACAGAGGAAGGUGACGGACAGCUGUGGUAUUCCAGUCUGUGCAGAGACGCUGUCGAUCCAAGCUUCUCGUAUGCUGGGCCAAUUCCCUCUGUGUUCCCAUCUCAGAGUGGAUUGCAUCUGGAAGACAUGGCGCCUCAAAUUCACUCAGUAGGGAAAUCACACUCAGUCGUGGUGAGUGCAGCACGAGUGAAAAGACGAGCCAGGACGUUUGGAUGUAAGAGACCACAACCAGACGAAGGACACAAUGCUUUAUCUCAGAUUAACACCAUGGAUCAGUGCUUGGUUCCUCAACAAUCACAGCAUCAGUACAGAGACUCUGCGCCUCACGUGAGGAACCCAAACGAGGAUACGAUGCCGCCAAGCCCAGCGGCAUCCUCUUUCUGCGGGCACGGCCGUGGCGGCUUUGGCCUGGCGAGGAGGAUGAGGACGCCCUGGAGGUCCGGCGUCAGCGAGAAGAGGUUCAGCUGCACGUACUGCAACAAAACCUUCAUGAGGUUCAGUCAGCUCAAAGAGCACCUGAGGAGUCACACGGGGGAGAAACCGUUCAGCUGCCUGCAGUGCGGCAGGAGCUUCACCAAACAGUGCAACCUCAUCAGACACGCGGUGGUCCACAGCGGAGAGAAGCCCUACGAGUGCUCGCUGUGUGGGAAGUGCUUCACCCAGCGCUCCAGCCUGAAGUCCCAUCAGAAAACUGCUCACUGAGCUUACAGGGUUUUAUUUUAUACAUCUGAGUCCUGUGUUUAGUAACUUCAAAAACAAUCCAUGUUUUCUAAAAACUGCCAAAUCUUUAACUGGCGAUAUAUUGAUAAAACUGUUUUGUUUGUUUUUAUUGUUUUUAAUAUAAAAUAUGUGAUGAUAUUGAUAUAAUGAAACAGACUCUUAGCUUAAAGGGCCACACCAGUGUGGUUGCAAGUUCAACUACAAAUCAUGUACACUUUGCUUUUUUUCCUGCCGCUCUAGGUUUCCAUUCUUUUCUGUACAGUAUGAAAAACAGUUUAGUGGGCCAAAAGAUGCAAAACCACUGGUAUGGUCCUUUAAAUGUGUAUCUUCCUGUUUUGAAAGGCUUAUCUGACUCUUUUAGGUGAGUUAAACAAACAGUGCAUACUUUGGUCAUAUCAGUUUCAGGUCUUCAGCUCGUUGCCUUCCCCGACCCAUUUACGGACUAUGUGUACAUUAUCACGCUGCUUAUACACUGCCAGAGAUUACCUACCAGGACCCUGAAUUAGGUAUAUUUUACAUUGCUGCUGACCAUGAAGGCAAAAUGUUUCAGAUUUUUCACUGUAUUCUGGUUUCUAUUUAUUUCUACAUAUGAAAAUCUGUUAGCGGAGUCUUUCUUAAAUUUCAUCACAUUGUAGGUCAAGUCUGCAUUAAAGUUAGUCGGUUACUUUAUCAUUGCAUGGCAAUCUAGUUUUAGGCGCAAAUUUGUGGGGGAAAGUCUGCACUGUAUUACCUUUAUUAAGUCUGGCAAAAACUUAAUAAAGUUAGACUAGUUUAUGAGCAAACGUGAGGCCGACCUCGGCCCCAGUUUGCGCCUCUAAUGUAUUAUCAUUACAUUGAAGUCAUUGCUUGAUUUGUACUAUGUUAAACAAAAUUUAAAAUGUUAUUUUCAGAUAUAUUUUUAUCACUGUUGUUUUCCCUUAUUUCAUGUUUUCACACAUAAUAAAAUAACAUGCUUAUUUUUUUACAGUUUAGUACAAAAAUAAGCAAGAUGAUAUGUCACAAUCUUUUUUUGGAUUAGCAAAUAGUCACAACUUUCAACUUUUUAUUCUCUUUAUUCUAUACUUUUCUGACUUUUAGUUAAGUCGCACUGAAGAAAAGACAAACACAAGAAAAACUCUCUCAAAGGGACAGCUUUGUUAUUCGAUCAGCAAAAACAGCAAAGCAGGUAACAAACUUUUUACACAAAUAUACAAAGGUAAGACAUCAAAAAGGUUUUCUCAUAAAUAUCAAAUCAGAUCAUUUAUACUGUAAAACAGUGUCAUAAAAGUUACAUUGGUUGCAUAGAGAAGUAGUGAUAAGUAGUUCGGAGGAGAUCACUGUAUAUAUCACUGUACAAGUGCAUUUUAGUUCCUAUUGAAGUGAACAGACUGAGAUCAGCAGAAUGUAACGAGCAUCAUAAGGAAGUGCUGGAGCAGAGGCAAACACGGUUCACGUUCAACAAAUAUAAAUCUAAUUUCAGAACAGUCAUUUAGUUUGUACACUGAAAACAUUCAGAGGAACACUGAAAACGGUUUUGAUGUUAAACAAACUUUGUCAAUGUGACUCAAUGAUAAAAGAAGAGGAAAUGCCUUUACCCCAACCUGCGACAUACUCGCUAAUCUCACCUCUUCCAUAUCAGUGAAGCAAAGUAGAGUGGACCACAAAACAUCAAACAGAAAGUCUAUUUCAGAUAUUCACUGGAGUGUGUUAAUUAAAGUUGAAAAUGACAUGAGACCACAAAUUUAAAAAGACAAAUGGAACCAAAUGUUAGCAGCAACCACAUAAGGGAGUGUUUCAGAGUUCUUGCUGUGAGGCAUUUAGCUUCAGUUUGGAAGGAAAUCUCGAAUUACAGGAAAUAUGCUCCAAUUAAAAGGAAAUAUACAGUGAAUUUUAAGUUAAAUCUUGCCACUUCAACUUGUACUAUCUUUUCAAGGAAAAACAUGAAGGAACAAUUUACCCCAAAGUUAAAUUUAUCUAGUACUAAUAAUUUGUGAUGGAACAAACAUUUGUAUAUGUUUAGAUGUUUUUUCAAACACUGCUCAGCUCAGCUCAGCUCUGUCUGGUUUGGAUAUUUUCCUCACAAAACAGGAGUUUUCCACUCAUCUGAAUGGAAAGAAGUGAAAGACCAAGUUGCGUUGUUUCUCUCAAAUCAAAAGAUUAUUCAUCCAACCCAACGUUGUACUCUGUGAGACUGAGUCAUGUGCUCCUUUUAAGUAAAAUAAUUCCGUCUUUUGAGUUUAAGUAAAGUUCACCGGUUUCUUUUUUCUUUAAGAUGCUAGAGUUGAGAUUGAAUUAAAUCUAGUGGGGAUUUUGUAUACUCAUAUUAACCAUAUGACAUUUUGACUUCCUCUUGUGCAGGGGGUAGUACAAAUUGAGGGUAGCAGGCCGAAUACACUGCAUGGUCAGACCAGGAAAGCCUCUCCUCAUCUCAGCACCAGCAUCACGUUGAAACAAUGAGCUCAUAGCAACUUGUUGGAAGACACGUUGUUGUCAGGACAUAUCUGCAGCAUUUUGACACAGUGAAUUGUCCUUUUUUUGUACAUAGUUCAUGUAUAAUUUACAUUACUGCUUGUCUUUAUUAUAAGUUUGACAUAAGAUUGAUUUCCCAUGCUCAGGGAGCUCCUACUUUCUAUGAAUUUCGGUUUUGACUUUAAAACAAGACUAUGCAACUUUUGCAGAACAGCAGCCACUGUGGCCAUAAGUGGCAAUUACAGCAUGAUGGCACAUUGAUUUUCUGAAGAUUUUCUAAGGUGAGUUGCUUUAAUGAAAAUAUUCUCGUGGGUCAAAGUGCAUUCUUGCCCUUGGAAACUGUAUUUUGAUCAAAAAAAAAAUAAUCUUAACUCUGCAAGGUGACACAAAUGGUGUGUGUUGCACUUAACAGUAGCAAAAGGAGAUAAAAUCAACAAAAUGACUCAGUAAUGCGAGUUACACCACAACAUCUAAACUUUCCUAACAUUAAGCUACUGGUCACACCAGACCAAGUAUGGCUAAAUCCCUGAGCAUAUUGAAGUGAGUAAGUUUUAUUUCAACUUUUAAUUUGUAAGAGGAAGAUUGUGUUGUUUUGUCUUUCAAAAGUUACAUAGUCUUGCUUUAAACUUUAGAUUUAGAAUUUAGAGUGAUAACUCAUCAUAGAGAAAUGUUUUUAAAAAUUUUUUUUAUUUCAUCAUCAUUGCAUGUUAAGAGAGUUGCAAGAGGGGGCUGUUUUGAAAACUUGUGGUGCAUUCAAGCAAACUCUGACAUCUGGGAUUGAAAGUUGGCUUUCAAACAACAACUUUUAAAUACAAAAACAUUACAAGGUCCUUUUUACAACGUCCAUGUUUGCCUACAGUUUUGUGUUCUGGAUUUGACAACAGUGCUUGUGAACGCUCUGCUUUGACUGUUGAAUGGUGUUAGUUUGUCUUAUAGAGCCUCUGACCAAACAAAAAGACCACUAUGUCAUCAAGUGGCUACCAGACUGCUGUACUUAUAAUUAGUGGGCUAAAAGUUGAUAAAAUCACCGGUGUGGUCCUUUAAGAGCUCAUAAAGGCAAUGCAACAGUCAUGGACUCAUUGACAGUGCUGAAAAAUACAAUCUGACCUUUAGGGUUUUUUAGAUCAAAUGUAAUGAAAUGAAAUCCUAAAUAAAACCAUCUCCUCUCUAAAUUCACUUGCUGUUGCUAGGCAGAGUUCCCUGUGAAUUAGUUGGAGGAGACUUGUUGGUGUAAAAUAUUUUACCACUGCAGUCUAGUUCUGGGUUGCUAGGAUGGUUUAACAUCUGUCUCGUGAGUGUUGUUUGUCAGACACUCAGUUAUUAGAAAUCACCUCUAAUUUUCUCAUCUGAAUAUUAGCCUCGUUAUUCAGAAAAAUAUGGGAUUUUUUUUAUUUAGUAUAAACAUUUGUCUAGAACACAAGGGGAACAGUAUCACACACACAAGCUUUGAUUUUUAAACACUCACACAUACACAACACAAGGGAUCUUCAAUACCCCUUGUCAUAGACAAGACGCCUAAUAUAAGAAACUUUUAAAGGAAAAAAAUCUACAUCAUCUCACAAUAUUAAAUAUAAACAACCUUCUCAAAAAAAUAAUCUCUAUCCCGGGUGUCCAUUGUGUUGAUAAAACCUUUUUCUUCUGUGCUAAAUGGAGACUUGUCACACCUGGGUGCUACUAUCUUUGAAAGAUAGUUAUUUGUCUACAUCAGG